ACAAAUGCAAACAGGAAUUAAUGAGAGCUAUCAGCGGCUAUAAUAAUCACCGAACUCAAACCAGCACUUUACGCGUAACCAGUAUCAUUAAUACGCGCCACCCUUCACUCUGAAGAAAAACUAAAGGCCAGACAGUUCAACAACAGCUCAUGAUCAAACUCAAACACAUCUCUUUUCAAACACACUUUUCUAUACUUAACCACUUAGCUAGCUAGCUGCAUACUUGUGUGCAUAUAAGUUUCUUUUUGCUCACACUUACUCAACAAGUAAAGAGAAAAAGCAAAAGAAGACAUAUAUAAUCUUUAUUUUUUUUAUUUAUAUUAAGUUAUUAACAAAGUUCUUGCUUUGUGUACUUCGUUUCUUGGGUUUUAGAAGAGGAGGUUGAAAAUGAAGAGUAGAGCUUGGAGCUUGAUGUUGGUGGCCUUGCUUCUUGUGGAGUGUGCAAGUGGAGAAGACCCUUAUAGAUUUUACACAUGGAAUGUUACUUAUGGUGACAUUUAUCCUCUUGGUGUUAAGCAACAGGGGAUAUUGAUAAAUGGGCAGUUUCCCGGGCCACAGAUUGAUUCGGUGACUAAUGACAACUUGAUCAUCAAUGUUUACAACAGUUUGGAUGAGCCCUUUCUCUUUUCUUGGAAUGGAGUGCAGCAGAGAAGGAAUUCAUGGCAAGAUGGGGUGUAUGGGACCAAUUGCCCCAUUCCACCAGGGCAAAACUUCACAUAUGUCCUUCAAGUCAAGGAUCAGAUUGGAAGCUACUUCUAUUUUCCCUCCCUUGCAUUCCACAAAGCUGCAGGAGGUUAUGGUGGCAUUAAAAUUGCUAGCCGAUCUGUCAUCCCAGUUCCUUUUUCUCCACCUGCCGGGGAUUUCACAGUGCUAGUCGGUGACUGGUUCAAGCAAAAUCACACAGAUUUGAAAUCAAUUUUGGACAGUGGGAAUAAUCUUCCCUUUCCAGAUGGACUUGUUAUUAAUGGACUGUCAGCAAACUCGUUCACUUUUACCGUUGAUCAAGGUAAGACUUAUAGGUUCCGGAUAUCAAAUGUGGGCCUUACUACCUCAGUCAAUUUCAGAAUCCAGGGGCACAAGAUGAUUCUGGUUGAGGUCGAAGGAACUCAUACGCUACAAAAUACAUAUGAUUCUCUCGACAUACACUUGGGGCAAUCCUACUCUGUGUUAGUCACAGCAGAUCAACCUCCACAGGAUUACUUCAUUACGGCUUCCACACGAUUCACUUCCCCAGUGCUGACAUCUACAUCUGUACUUCAUUACAGUAAUUCAGCAGGCAGUGUUUCUGGUCCUCCCCCUGGUGGGCCAACAACUGAGGUCGACUGGUCUCUCAGCCAAGCACGUUCAAUCAGGAAGAACCUGACAGCAAGUGGACCAAGACCCAAUCCUCAGGGAUCUUAUCAUUACGGAUUAAUAAACACAACCCGGACCAUAAGACUUGCAAACUCUGCCCCGGUCAUCAAUGGAAAGCAAAGAUAUGCUGUCAAUGGUGUAUCCUUCAUUCCUGCAGACACACCACUUAAACUUGCAGACUACUUCAACAUACCAGGUGUCUUCACCCUUGGGAGUAUCCCAGAUAACCCUUCCGGUAGCGGUGGCUACCUCCAGACUUCUGUGAUGGCUGCUGAUUUUAGAGGAUUUGUCGAGGUUGUAUUCGAGAACUCAGAAGACAGUGUGCAGUCAUGGCAUGUUGAUGGACACCACUUCUUUGUUGUGGGGUUGAAUGGGGGCGAGUGGUCACCUGCAAGCAGAGAAACUUACAAUCUGCGAGAUACUGUUGCUCGUUCCACUGUUCAGGUGUAUCCAAGUUCAUGGACUGCAGUAUACAUGCCACUAGACAAUGUUGGAAUGUGGAACAUCAGGUCUGAGAACUGGGCACGGCAAUACUUGGGACAGCAGUUCUAUUUACGAGUGUAUUCUCCUGCGAAUUCAUGGAGGGAUGAAUAUCCCAUUCCUUCAAAUGCACUUAGAUGUGGCCAGGCAGUUGGCCACUAGAUGAGUCUGCAUCCCUCUUUGGAUUGUCCAAAGGGUGACAAGUUUUCAAAAGAUGAGAUUAUGGUAGAGAUUUACUAAAAAUGAUAAUUAUACUAAACUAGUUUAUGCUAAGUGUUUCUUCAAGAAUUUUGGGUUUCAUGUUUGUUCAUUUUUUGUUGGAUCAUAGUUUUAAUGUUGAUGUAUACCUGUUUAAUUUAUCUGAUUAGUUUCUAGUA